AUGGGCUCAGGAACUAGUACCAGCUGUACAUGCAAGGACACCGUGGCGGGCGCAUUGGAGAAGAUAGUCUAUCUGGACAAGGGAGACGCCGCUGAGGAGUCGGCGACGAAAGUGUUCAAUGACAAGCCACCGAAAUCAACUGCACCACCCGAGGCGCAGCUGUGGACGCAGGAAAAGGCAGAUGAGCUCCAGGCUGCGGUCGACCGGGUUUUCAACAAGGGAGGCGACUCCUUGUUGGGAAUGACAUUCUCCUUCACAAUUGCAGACCCGCGCAUCGAGGAUUGUCCGCUGAUUGGCUGCAGCACAGGCUUCGGAACGCUCUGCGGGUACACUGUCAAGGAAAUCGUGGGGAGGAACUGUCGCUUCCUGGUGGAUCCCGUGCCGAAGGAAGAGAUUGAUUGGACCAUGCGGAAGCAAGCCAAGGAUUUUUGCAAGUGCGUUCGUGAAGGAAAAGAUUACAGGAUCCCCGAUGCUGAGCGUGAAGAGUGGAUGCCGAUGGGUAGAGCAGGUGAUGAGCUGUUUUGCUUUCAGCGCAACGCUCGCAAGGACGGUUCUCUUUUCAACAACCUGUUUUACAUGAAGGUCAUCGAGCUAAGUAUCGAGCUGGGUGAUGAACUGCCGUACAUCGUCGGCCUCCAGUCUGAGCUUCCCAGCGGCAAGGCGGACUUGCAACAGCUUGCGAAGAAUCUGAAGGUCCUCGAUCACAACAUGAGCCAGGUGGACUUCGCUUGGUCAUUAGCGACUUGGCUGGAAGGUCUCAAGUUUUUUGCUGCGGACGAUACGGGAACGACGGAAGGCAUCCCAGAACUAGAGAUUCGUCCCAAAUUGGUUAGGCCUGGGAUUAUUCCAUACAAGGAUCCAUACUUGCACGAGCCGUUGGACUCGAUUAACACAACUCUUGACAGCUACCGACCAACUGGCACCAGUGGAAAAUACGAGCAACUUCGAGGUGAUUCGAAGAACACUCGUGCUGGUUCCAAGGCCUCCGGCGUGCGUUUCUUCUCCGCACCUGUCCGGGCCACAUUUUGUGCUUGCUUUGCCAGGUUGAGUGGCUUUGCAGAGUUUUGUUUGUUGGCUGUGGCGGCAGGGAUCUUUACGCUCGAGGAGCUUGCGGAGUACAACUCUCCAUUGGAAGCUGCGGCGGGAGGGGCUCUGCCAGAGCUGAUUCCGGCACCGUACCCUUCGCCGGUCAGCAAUGUCGGCGGCUCAGUCUUGGGGGCCACGGACCUCGAUGGGCAACUGGCCGUGCAAUUGGCCUUGUUACCCGAGCCUGCCCAGAUCGAGCUGCCUAGUGGCAGCGGCGACGUACCCGUGAUGGUCGGGGCUUCCUCCGACCUCGACGCGGAUGCCGUCGCUGUCCUCUUCGAGGACUACCCCAGCGAGCCGGUGGAAGAGGGGGAGGAGGAAGAAGAGGAGGAAGAGGAGGUUAUCGUGUGGACAGGGAGGACAGUGCGAUCGAAUGAGAACGAUCGAACACAGGAGAACCCAGGGCCGGUAGAGGCUCGGCGAUUGGCAAAGGCCGUGAACUUUGCCAACAUCAUGAGCGCCGAGGAGGCGGCGAGCUUCGAGGACGAGCUCUUCGAGCUUCCAGACUUCGUCACGGAAGACUUCGAUCCGCAUCUCCUCAGUCGCUUGAAAGCGGCUGAAGGCUCAAUGCUGGCAGCCAAGGUUCGCAUUGGUGCGCUGAAGACGAUUACACCGGCCGACGCUGAAGAGCUUUGCCAUAUGCUCGGCCUCAGUGUGGAGAUGAGAAUACAAAAAUCCAAGGCCAAGAAGUCCGACGCCCUACUCCAGGAGUGGGAGAUCCGCUUGGAAAGUCUGGACUUGGAGGGCUUCAUCCUGCUCGCGGGUCCGUUGUUGGGUUUACCCCUGCCGGCACUCAAAAAUGUUCGUGAGGAGGACGAAUCGCCCUUGUGCUUGGAGGAGAUGCUCGUAUACCCCGAAGCCGAGGCGAUCUUCAAGGGAUUAGCCUUGGACGAGGACGGCUGUUUGCCAAGCAAAGUCUUGGCCCAGGAGUUGCUGACACCUACCUCGGAGGUGUCCAUGUUCUUCUCGGAGAAAGCCCUCGAGUGCUCGCAGCCAAUGAAGAGCCGAUCGAAACUGGUCAGGCUCGUUACCUGGCGAAUCGAGCGUGAUGAUGCGCUUGGCACACUUUUCUUCACCUUUUUGCUGCUGCUCGUUCUGUACUUCCUUGUGCAGGAAAACUUGCUCAUCCAUAGCCGCCAGAAAGCCGAAAGCGGAGUUGCGCAGUACCUGUCCGCUUAUGGGGGAAGCCUCACAGGCCCUUUCCUCCACGAGCACGUCGCCGACGUGUCCUCCUUCUGGGGUUGGACGAUUUUCUCCGGUCUCCCAGCCAUCCUCGGCCAGCCGGUGGUUGAUGCUUUCGGCCAGACGCGGCUGCACAUCGCAGGCUCCAACGUGCUUCUUGGCGACGUGAUGCUGUCACACAAGUCGCAGGACGGUGCGGUCGUGUCGCACUGGCUGCUUCACACAGAGGAGGCCAAGACUUACUUGUCCAAUCACACCGGUGACUACCUAGGCGCCGCACUGGCUGCGGUGGAUGUGCUGCGAAGGACGGGUCCAGAUUGGAACGACCCGUACUCCGAGGAAAUCGCUCUCAGCUUCAACCUCCACAACGCUCCCGCCAGCAUGUUCCUGAACAUCCAGGUGCGCUCCCAAUUCUUCCGGACAGGAGACCUCGACGUGCGGGUGCAAGCCCAGGCCUCGAUAGACAAUGCUGAGAUCUCCGCCGUCCAAGCUGUCUUGGACAUCCUCCUGGUGGUUCUCAUCUCAUGGCUCGCCAUCGCGGAGGCCAAGGAUGUCAUUGCUGCAUUGAUGCAUGGCUGCCGGGCAUUUACCUCGUACAUCGGAUUCUGGAAUGCGGUGGAUUGGGCCUGUAUAGGCCUCGCUGCAGUCACGGCUUGCGUUUGGGUGCUCACCGGCACGCGCAUUAGCUCGGAGAACCUUCAGUUCGCACGGCAGGAAGGCUUUGACCCGAUGGCACCGACCGAGGAGCAGUUGGCAGUGAUGCAGGAAGAGCUCUUAAACAUCCAGCAUUGGCUGCUUUCCGUGAGGAUUCUCACAAGUCUCCUGACCCUGACGGUCAUCAUGAAGUUCUUCAAGGGCUUUCGGGCCAACCCGCGGCUUCAGAUCGUCGCCGAUGCCCUGAUGAACAGUGCCAACAACAUAGCGCACUUCUUUAUGAUCUUUUGGACUCUGUUCUCGUGUUUUGCCGUGAUUGCGCACGUGCUGUUUGGCAACGACAUCGUGGAGUUUGCUUCUUUAGCAAACAGCUUGGAGGCUUCGAUGAGCACCUUGAUGGGCGAGUUCGAGUGGUAUGUUCGGGCAUCAGGAGUCAAGUCGGGGCUCAUGAACUCGGGCAUGCCUAUUGUUGCAGUGCACCUCUGGUUCGUGGUGUACAUUUGCUUCGCCUUGCUCGUGCUGUUCAACAUGCUGCUGGCCAUGGUUUUGGACAGCUACGCCGUCGCAGCCCAGGUGCUCACCAAAAGAGCCGAUGCCCCCACGAUCGUGGUCCAGACCUUUCGAUACAUCCAACGAUGGAAGGAGACCUUGAGAUUUAUCCCUCUCCGUCAUGUGGCGAACCAGCUCUAUGACUUGGAUUGUCAUCGGCAGAAGGUUGUGACGGUGACGUCGUUGCAGGAGGCCUUCCCACAGAUGAAGCGGAACCAGGCCCACUGGUUGAUGCGCACACUCUUCCAAGAGGACAAGCGAGCCAAGGCAACGCAGAAGGCGCUGGAGGGCCAGGAUCAGAGGCAUUUCUUCUCCCAGGAGGGCCCGGAUCCAAGCCAAAUAGCAGCAGCAUGCGUCCCCGUCUUCAAGGCUGCUGCGGAGUCCAGCUCGCAAGAGCUGCUGUCUCGGCUGUCGGUUUUGGAGGCGAAGGUGGAUGUCCUGUAUGGGCAAGCCUACACUGGCUUGCUGAAGGAGGGAAGGAUCAAAUAUUUCGCAUCCAGGAAUGGGCUCAUGUUCCUCUCGUGCCUUGCCAUGUUGACCACCCUUGUGUUUACUGGCAUUGGCAGCGUAAUGCCCAAGACGAUUUCCGACAUGAAGCUGAAUAACGAGACGUACGCAGCCAAAGAAGCAUUCAACAUCCCUGAUGGGAUUGAUUCUGCUUUGCUUGACCCGAACGCGAGCGUUAAUGACACAAACAUGAUGAACAUCUUGUCGAUGCAUCGUGAAUCUGAUGUUGCUCUAUUUGCCAAAGAAGAGAUUGCACAGCUUCUUCAUGAUCAACAAGAGCUUGUGCAGAUGCUACGUGAGAUUGAUCGUCUUCUGGAAAACGGUUCUGAUUACGGGAAUGGCCUUCCUGUGAAACGUGAGUUGCGGAGUUUUCCGGAGGAUGACCAAAACGACGACUUUGCAGGCGUUUUCGUGAGCAAGCUCGUUCGCACUUUGAGUCACGAAUGCCUCCUUUCAAACGCGCACCGCAUAGACCAACAGGUUUUGGCAACGGACCGCGGCAACACGCCCAUGUGGGCGAUGCCGGUAACCGGUAGUGCAAAAGAACUGGUGCGUGAAAUCCCUCCUGAUCAGUUGGCAAAUGGUGGUGUAGACCCGGUAAACGGCAAUCAAGUUACGGGUUUGAUGAUGUUGGUUCAAACUCUAGCCCGUCGGUAUCUGCCACUGGAACAGGAGCAAUCCACCCGUGCCAUCAGUGAUUUCAUGAACUUUGAUCGGAUUCCUGGUGAGAGCGUUGAUGCACUGCUUGUGCGGUUUGAUGUGCUGCGAGCUCGUGCUCAACAACGGGGCGGUUUUGGGAUCAAUCACGGGGGUUUGGCUUGGAUCCUCCUUAGGUCCCUCAGAACAAAUGCUGAACAAACUGACCGUCUUUUGCAGUUCAUGGGUGGAGCGCUUCCCAACAACGAUGCGGAAAUGGGAAUGCUCAUUGAACGCAUUCGGCGACAAGGUCAUUUGUUUGAAGGCGGGCUCAGGCAUCCAAACCAGCAAGCAGGAGUUGGAGACCCAGGAAAUUACCAUGUCCAGCAUAAUGUCUACUCCUAUUUCCCUACCUUUGAAACCGCCAAUCAUCCCAACGCGUCAGCCUGUGGAAGUUUCUGUGCGGGUUUCGCGCCAAAUACAGCCGCCCGUGAGGGCACGGCCGGAUUCAGCGCACACGGCGCAUAUGCAACAGGCUUUGAUGCUGAUAUGGGUAGAAUGGCAGGAGGCUUGGGCAUUGGUGAUGAAGGUCAGUGUUCCUACUGUGGUUUGUAUUUCGAGGAUGAUGACAUGUCAUCGGCAACUGAGUCCGACACAGGUUCGUAUGACGCUGAUGCCGCAUCGUAUGCCACAGUGGAAGUCGAUGGCCAAACACGCCAUGAUGAUGAUGCAAGGGCAAACGCACUGUAUCAGGAUUAUGUGAUGGUUCCAUCCGAGAUUGGAUUCCCGGUAGCCACGCCGUCCAGAUACGGUGAGUUCACCGCAAUUGUCCCGAUUUGUCGCUCCAGCAUUUCCCUCGACGGUGAUUUCUCGUGGGAUACUUGCUGGAAAGUUGCGCGCGCCACACCCUUGAUUGUUAAGCAUGAGCUUCGUGACAUAGUUUCCGGAGCCGAUCCGCAUGGCGAAGCCUUUGCGUUUGGUGUGUAUGCGUACGGGGCCUUUGCUGGAAUUACAAAUCUCACCGAACGUCAUUGCGAGUUCGUUCGCUACUUGAAUUGCUGUCUUCGUUUGCGUGAUAAUGACACGCGAUGGUCCAGCCUAGCCCUCAACUGCAACGCCAAAAUGAAGCCACACAAAGAUGUCCACAACUUAGUGGGCAGUAUCAACCUCAUUGUGGGUUUUGGCGAUUAUGUUGAUGGUAAGGUUUGGAUUGAGGAUUGCACCGCAACGGUCAACGACGGCUUGGUUGCAAAAGACAUUAACGGUCGUACCGUCCUGGGGCGUACUCAUGAUUGUAAACAGCGUGUGCUUGCCUUUCCUCCUGACCGCAUGCAUUGCCCUGAGCCUUGGAAAGGCGAACGUUGGACACUCGUUGCAUUUGCGAGCCGAGGAGUGGCAAAAUGCUCGCGGGAUGAACUUUCCGCAUUGCGUGAUUUGGAUUUCCCCGUUGGGUUCACUCCUCCUGAGGCUUAUGUGGCACAGGAUGCCUUCGUUGAGUGUCGCACGGUGUCGUUUGUUGACGAAGUCGAAGCUUAUCCAACGGAACAAGCCAUUAAGCGGAAAGCUGUUCUUGCGUCGGGACAUAAGCCCACUCGCCGUAAACAACAGGUGGAACAGCAUCGCGAUGAUUGUGGAGAUUCCUUGGACAGCAUUGUUGAGUUUGUGGAAACCGUCCCAUGGCAUCCGCACCUUAUGGGAGCCAUGUUUGAAAGCCCAUUGCAUGAAGCGGAGUCGUAUUCAGCUAUUGCCGAAUUUGCGUUUGGCCGUGGAUUGUGGUUGCAUGGAUCCGGUGUUGAUAUGCCCAUGAAGAAAUUGCAACAAAGGCCUCACAUGAGCGUUGGGGGACUACAGGUCUUUCAUCAAAGUGCUCUUCAAGCGAAUGAUGGCCGAAUUGUUGCAGUGGUUGAGCUGUUUGGAGGUGUUGGUGAAACUUCAUACCUCGAAUUGCAGACCUGGUUCACGAAGUUGUUCGUGCACGGUCCAGCGCAUCUCAAGAUGACGCCGUUGACGCUACACGCAGCAGUGCGUUUGUGGGCACUGUAA